AUGUCUCGUCCUACUUCUCGAAACACCGAUAGACAAAGCUCUCAAUCUCAAUCUCAUUCACGUUCUACCUCACGUCGAUCAUCUACUCAUCAAUCAAGUUCAUCAACUCAUCAAGUUCAACCUGAUCCAUUAGCAUUUUGUAAUUCAUUUUGGGGUGAUUCAGGUUAUGAUGCAUUACAAACUAAAACUCGUCAAUCUUCAAAGAUGUUAGAAGAUUUAAGAUUAUGGUAUAAAGAAAGAGCUUCAAUUGAAGAUGAUUAUGCCAAACGAUUAGCCAAGCUUACUAAAUCACCUUUACUUGAUUCAGAUUGUGAAAGUGAAGUGGGAGGAAUUAAAAAAGCUUUAGAAAUCGUUAGAGAUACUACAAGACAAAGUGCUCAUUCUCAUGCUGAAUUGGCCGGUACAGUUCGAACUGCAUUAGAACGUAAAGUGGCCGAUUUUGUGGUCAGAAGAGAUGGUUUAAGGAAAAACCCUCAGGGAUUGAUCGAUCGGUUACACAAAAAGAAGAUUGAAUUGAUGGAAGUCACCGAAAAGUCUAGGAGGAAAUAUGAAGCCGACGCGAUUGCAGUGAACGGAUUAUCAGCUCAAACUCAUCUCGUCCAAGGUCGCGACUAUGAUAAGGUCUCAGCCAAAUUAGACAAAGCUCAGCAAAACGUUCAAGUGAAUGAACGGGAUUAUAGGGCACACGUCAAAAAUUUGAAGGAGACCACAGCUGAAUGGAACUUACAGUGGAAAGCUUAUUGUGAUUUAUCACAAGAUUUAGAAGAAGAUCGUAUAGACUUUGUUCGCACUUCGUUUUGGGAUUUCGCUAAUGGCGUAUCGACAAUUUGUGUCGUUGAUGAUGAGCAAUGCGAGAAUAUCAGGAAAGCUUUGGAGCGUUGUGAAACAUCCCAUGAUGUCGCUGAAUUUGCACGUCAGACUAGAACUGGGAGUGAUAUCUAUAUUGCACCGGAUUAUGUGAACUACGCACGAGGGGAACAAACGCCUUAUGGUCGACCACCUUCCUCUACAGCUAAUUUCAUUCGUUCUUCAACCCGCAAUCCACGUCUGGUUCCCUCGACUACGAGUAUUCAAGAUCUCGCUCAUGCAAUCCGUUCAGGACCUGCCUCUCCCACAGACACUAUUCCGCCUUCAUCAGCUCGCGCUUCAUCCAAGGCCGCCGCCAAACGAGGUGGGGCGAUAGCUGAUGCAGUGGCAGCCAACGCUUUCACCGGUGAUUCAUCAGCAGGCUUAACUCCCAAGCCUUCAAUGACUCGAUCAACGAUGGGCGCUUCGAUCUCUAGGGCUGCUUCUCCAGCCGAAGCAAUGGCACAGGUUCUGGGCGGCGGAAAUAAUGCUCCUAAUGGCAACCAUCGUCACACCGCGAGUGCGCCGACCAAUCGACCACCUUCCGCAUCAGGCUCUUACCAGUCUCAACAAUACAAUUAUGAGUCUGGCUCGGCUUAUGGGGAUCAAUCUGUUCCACCACCACCACCACCGGCAUCGGCAAAGCCAGCUAAUCGAUAUGCACCACCCGAACCGCGCUCCAGCUCAAGACCUGCUCCCCCUAGUACAAACUCUGCUGUGCCAAAUAAUUUACCACCACCUUCUCACAGACCCCCUUCACGGAGUGCGACUCCGGGGUCUAUUCACCCACCCUCAGUACCGGCCGAAAAUGGGAGUGUUGAUCCUCUUGUGGCAGCCUUGGAAAAGUUGAGAACGACUCCUUCGAUUGGCUCAAUCAGACGUGGUGCCACAAGUCCAGCUCCACCCAAGGCAAACCGACGAAAUUCAACGAUGGACGUACCAGCCUCCAAUGCUCAACAGUACAAGCGAGCUAGCUCACCUGCUCCUUCGGCUGCGAUGAUGAAACCCCCAUAUGAUCCUCGGACUCAUAACGCACGUUCAACCAGUCCUGGUCCUCAUAAUCCUUACGAUCCGAGAGCCCCAUCCCCUACUCCAUCGUCCGCUCGACCUAGCUCGAGAAUGUCUUAUCAACAAUCUUCGCAUCCGCAAUCUCAGCCACCGCCACAUCAACAGCAACAACAUCCACAUAUGGGAGGUCAGCAAACGAUGCCUCUGAGCUAUGCAGGCUCAUCAAGAAACCCGCCGUUGGGAAUCUCACUUGAUGCUCGAGGUGGAGUCAUGGACCCUAACGCUUCUCCCGGUCCACCAUCGUCACGAGGUGCCAAACUUGGACAGCAAAUCAAUCAUCGUCAAUCUCAAAGUCAGCCGAAUAAUACAAUGAUGAGUAAUUCGCCAGCCUCCUAUGUUGGAUCAAAUCAAGAACCAUUCCGACAACCACCACUACAACAGCCACCACCUUCCAAUCAAGCUCCACCACCUUCUCCACAGCGUCAACAAUCGAUGCCUCCACCACAACAUCAAUUAUCUCAACAUCAACAAGGUCCACCGGGCAGUUAUAGCUCCCGGCCUACUAACCAUCAUUAUGGAUAUGCACCACCACCUGCAAGCCAACCACCUACACAAAAUUAUCAAGCCCCACCUCCACCUUCAGUUGCUCCACCAACCCAUUACACUUUACCACCAUCUCAAUCUUUUCCACCUCAACAUCAAUAUUAUCAACCACCUGGUCAGCCUCAACAACAACAACAGCAACAUCCUCCCCCUCCGAAUUCGACAGGUGGAGUUCAAAGGACUUCGAGUAUGUAUGGCGGUGGUGUUCAGCAACAACAACAACCACCACCACCACAGUCUCAAUACUAUCAUCCCCCACAAUCUACGUCAGCACCUGUGGCACAUCAUCCACCACCUCCUACUCCAAGUCCUGCAGCACCUAAUCAAAACCCAUCACCUACUGGUAAUUAUACAGAAAAUGGUUCACCAAUCUUAUUCUAUGUUAGAGCAUUAUAUGAUUAUAAUGCAACGAUGCCAGAAGAAUUUUCAUUUCAAAGUAAUGAUCUGAUUGCCAUCACUCAAACUGAUCCAGAUGGAUGGUGGCAAGGAGAAUUAUUAGAUGAAGUUAGAAGAAGAAAGAAUGGAGGUGGGAAUGUAUUACCUAGUAAUUUUGUUGAAUUAUUGAAUUAAGAUUAAACAAAACGAUCAAGUGAAAUGGGAAAAAUGGGAAAUUUUGAUGGGGUUUGGAGUAGUGCUGGUGUUUUGUUUUUUUGGCUUCUUCUUCUUGCUAGGUUUAGUGUUGUGAAAAAAAAGAUGAUAGUUUGGUUGGUGAGAAAGAAAGAUUAUGUUUUGAAUUAAUGUGUAAUGAUGAAAAAAAUGAUUGAAAAAUUUUCUUUUGUAUUUAGAUAUUUACAUAUGUGAGUAAGAAGAAAACAAAAAGAAAAAUUCAUGUUUUGGUGUGGAUUGAGGUUUAAGUUUUUAAGUAUUUUUUUUGAAAGUAUUUUUAUAUUUCAUUUUAUUGUUUUUUGCUUGAUUUUUGUGUGUGUUGAAGAGAAUUUAAUAAAAGUUUC